AGAGAGCAGGGAACAGAGGCGGUUCUUUCUCGGUUUCUCGUUUCUCGGCGCUGGAGAGUGUGGGACCAGGGCUGGAGAGACCGCCAGGGAGCAUCAGCUGAACAAGUCCAGCACGGAGCCUCGCCUGGCCGACCGCUGCGCCGUGCACUCUUUUCGGGGACUGCACAACAUUCCUGUGAAAUAUAACUGCUUUUAAUGGCAUGUGGCUUGUAACUUUACUUCUGCUGUAUUCUUUGCAAGAAGUCAACAGUGAGGAUGUUGUCUCGACACGGCUGUACUUUGUGAACGCCUCCCUGCAGCGAGUGACCUUCUCCAGCUCGGUGGGGGUGUCCCUGCCCUGCCCUGCGGGCGGCGCCCCCCAUGCCGUCUUGCGCUGGUACCUGGCCACUGGAGACGACAUUUACGACGUUCCCCAUAUCCGCCACGUGCAUGCCAACGGCACCCUCCAGCUCUACCCUUUCUCCCCCUCUGCCUAUAACAGCAUCAUCCACGACAACGAGUACUUCUGCACUGCUGAGAACCAAGCAGGCAAGAUUCGAAGCCCCAGCAUCCACAUCAAAGCAGUGUUCAGGGAGCCCUACACAGUCCGUGUGGCCGACCAGCGCUCCAUGCGGGGUAAUGUUGCCGUGUUCAAGUGCCUCAUUCCCUCAGCCGUCCAGGAGUACGUCAGCGUGGUGUCCUGGGAGAAAGACACUGUGUCCAUCGUCCCUGGUAAUCGUUUCUUCCUGACCUCAUUUGGGGCUCUGUAUAUCUCAGAAGUACAGAAGGAAGAUGCUCUUUCCACCUACCGCUGCAUCACAAAGCACAAAUACAGUGGGGAGACUCGCCAGAGCAAUGGAGCCAGGCUCUCUGUUAUGGACCCUACGGAGUCCGCCCCGUCAGUCCUGGACAGUUUCCAGUCCGGUGAGGUACAGGUAGGGUACAGUGUGGAGCUGCCCUGCAUUGCCUCUGGAUAUCCAAAUCCUACUAUCCGAUGGUUGAAGGAUGGUCGACCAUUACCAGCAGAUUCCCGAUGGACACGGCGCAUAUCUGGCCUCACCAUUUCCGACUUAAGACUUGAAGACAGUGGCAACUAUAUCUGCGAGGUCACCAACAGCUUUGGCUCCAGAGAGGAGACCGGUCACCUCAAUGUUAUAGAACCAUUGCGGGUCACUUUGUCUCCCAAGAACCUGAAGACAGGGAUCAGCAGCACAGUCAUACUCUCUUGUGCCGUGCAAGGUUCCCCCCACUUCACUGUGUCCUGGUACCGUAACACAGAACCUGUCCUGCCUGAUCAGCACUUUUCCAUCCAGGGGGCUCACAAUGAGACACUGUUCAUUUCUGCUGCACAGAAGAGACACUCGGGAGCUUAUCAGUGCUUUGCCACGAGAAAGGGCCAAACUGCCCAGGACUUCUCCAUCAUACUGCUAGAAGAUGGAACACCCCGUAUCGUUGCCUCCUUUAGUGAAAGAGUGGUGCUUCCGGGUGAACCGUUUUCCCUAAUGUGUGCUGCCAAAGGCGCCCCACCACCCACCAUCACCUGGACCCUGGACGACGAGCCUGUGGCCCGGGAUCUGUCACGUGUCAGAACUAGCCAGUACACGCUUUCUGACGGGAGCACUGUGAGCCAUGUCAAUGUCAGCAGCCCACAGAUUCGUGAUGGAGGAGUGUAUCGGUGCGCCGCACGAAACUCGGCCGGUAGUGCCGAGUACCAAGCGCGCAUAAACGUAAGAGGUCCCCCAAGAAUUCGGCCCAUGAAGAAUAUCACUGCAGUGGCAGGAAGAAACACUUUCAUAAACUGCCGUGUGAUUGGGUAUCCAUACUACUCGAUUAACUGGUACAAGGAGGGACUGCUGCUGCCUGACAACCAUCGACAGGUGGUAUUUGAGAAUGGGACUUUAAAACUCAGCGAUGUUCAGAAGGGGAUGGAUGAGGGGGCCUAUGUCUGCAGCGUGCUGAUCCAACCACAGCUGUUCAUCACGCAGACUGUUUAUGUCACUGUCAAAGUUCCUCCGCUGAUCCAACCGUUUGACUUUCCCCCAACUUCCAUCGGCAAAUUGAUGUACAUUGCUUGCGUGGUGUCAUCUGGAGACAUGCCCAUACGCAUCACAUGGCGCAAGGACGGCCAGGAGAUUGUGCCCUCCUCGGGUAUCACCAUAGACACAAAGGAGUUCAUGAGUUCCCUCCAGAUAUCCAAGGUGUCACUUAAACACAAUGGCAACUACACUUGCAUUGCAAGCAAUGAUGCUGCCACUGUCAGUACAGAGAGGCAGCUCACUGUUACAGUGCCACCUCGGUUUGUUGUGCAGCCCAACAACCAGGAUGGGAUCUAUGGGAAGGCAGCAAUCCUGAACUGUUCCGUUGAUGGAUACCCUCCUCCUAAGGUCAUGUGGAAGCAUGCCAGAGGUGCACUAGCGGGUAUUGGGAACCCACAGCAGUACCACCCUGUACCUCUAACAGGCCGCAUUCAGAUCAUGGGUAACGGCUCUUUACUUAUCCGACAUGUCCUGGAAGAGGAUCGCGGUUUCUACCUCUGUCAGGCCUCCAAUGGGGUGGGCUCAGACAUCAGCAAGAGCAUGGUCCUCACAGUCAAGAUCCCAGCAAUGAUCACCAGUCACCCCAACACCACAAUGGCUAAGAAGGGUCAUGUGAAGGAGCUGAACUGCACAGCCAGGGGAGAAUGGCCCAUCAUCAUCCGCUGGGAGAGAGGCGACACGGUCAUUGACCCUGACCGCAACCACCGCUACUCCAUAACCACUAGUCCCAAUGAAAAGACAGAUGAGGUGUUGUCAACACUCAAGCUAAAGCCAGCAGAGCGUGAGGAUUCAGUCUUCUUCUCCUGCCAUGCCAUUAACUCUUACGGAGAAGGACGAGGCCUUAUCCAGCUAACAGUACAAGAGCCUCCAGACCCUCCAGAGCUGGAGGUGCGAGAAGUGAAAGAUCGUAGUAUGAAUCUCAGAUGGACGCAGAGAUUUGAUGGAAACAGCGUCAUUACUUCCUAUGACAUUGAAUAUAAAAACAAGACAGAUUCCUGGGAACUGAAGCAUGCCACUCGAAACAUCUCUCCUACAAACAACCAGGCCAAUAUAGUGGACCUUCACCCUGCCUCUGUCUACAGCAUUCGCAUGUACUCCUACAACGUUAUAGGGAAGAGCGAAGCCAGUAAAGAGCUCACCAUUAGCACAGAGGAAGCACAACCUGAUGGUCCUCCAAUGGAUGUGAUCCUGCAGCCAGUGACUUCUCAGAGUAUCAGAGUCACAUGGAAGGCUCCAAGGAAGGAGCUGCAGAACGGAGUGAUCCGGGGUUACCAGAUUGGCUACAGAGAGAAUGGCCCAGGUAGUAAUGGCCAGUACAGCAUUGUGGAGAUGAAGGCCACUGGAGACAGUGAGGUCUACACCCUGGACAACCUGAAGAAGUUUGCACAGUACGGUGUGGUUGUCCAGGCCUUUAACAGAGCCGGAACCGGGCCUUCAAGCUCCGAAAUCAAUGCCACAACACUUGAAGAUGUGCCUAGUCAACCACCUCAGAAUGUGCGAGCCAUCUCUGUAACAUCAGAUGAGGCAGUGAUCACAUGGGCUGAGCCUCCAAGACUGACACUGCACGGUGUCUUGAAGGGAUAUCGUAUUGUGUUUUGGGCUGUCUUCCCAGAUGGAGAGUGGGGUGAAAUGCAAAACAUCACAACUACCAAGGAGCAGGUGGAGCUCAGAGGCCUUGAAAAGUUUACUAACUACAGCAUCCAGGUGCUGGCAUUCACCCAGGCAGGAGACGGUGUCAGGAGCAAUGUGCUGUAUAUCCAAACCCGCGAAGACUACCCUGGACCCCCAGCUGGCAUCAAAGCUGUGCCCUCCUCUGCCAGCAGUGUUGUAGUGUCAUGGUUACCCCCUCACAAACCAAAUGGAAUCAUCCGCAAAUACACCAUCUACUGCUCCAGCCCUGGCUCAGGCCAACCGCUGCCAAGUGAGUAUGAAGCCAAUCCAGAGCUGCUGUUUUAUCGGAUCACCCACCUCAACCACCGGCAGCAGUACCUGAUCUGGGCUGCAGCUGUAACCACUGCAGGCCGUGGUAACUUUAGUGAAAAAGUCACAGUGGAGCCAGCUGCCAAAGCCCCGGCUAAAAUCCUGUCUUUUGGGGGUACAGUGACUACACCUUGGAUGAAAGAGGUGCGGCUGCCCUGUAGUUCAGUGGGUGAACCCACACCAACCAUAAAAUGGACCAAAGACAGUGAGGACACAGCAAUCCCAGUGUCUGUUGAUGGACAGCGUCUCAUUCUGACCAAUGGCACACUGGUGCUGCGCUCUGUCAAAGCUGAAGACUCCGGUUACUACACUUGCACAGCCACCAACACUCUGGGCUUUGACACAAUUAUAGUCAACCUUUUAGUGCAAGUCCCACCAGAUCAACCUCGUCUAACUGUCUCCACCACUUCAACUUCCUCCAUUACUCUUGCUUGGAUACCAGGAGAUAAUGGAGGCAGCUCCAUCAGAGGAUUUGUGCUGCAAUACUCUGUGGACAACACGGAGGAAUGGAAAGAUGCUUUUAUCAGCUCUAGCGAGCGUUCAUUUAAACUGGACAAUCUGCGUUGUGGGACCUGGUAUAAAGUCAAGUUGGCUGCUAAGAACAGCGUUGGUGCUGGACGCAUCAGCGAGAUCAUUGAGGCAAAGACUCAUGGGCGAGAGCCACAGUUCAACAAAGACCAACCUGUCUUCACCCACAUUAACUCCAGCCACGCUCGCCUCAACUUGCAGGGUUGGGCAAGUGGAGGCUGUCCAAUCACUUCUGUCACACUGGAGUUUCGACCAAAAGGUACAUGGGCAUGGCAGAAUGUGCGUACCAAUGCCACCACAGACGUCUUUCUGGCAGAACUGCGUGAGGCCACCUGGUAUGAACUGAAGAUGAAAGCAUGUAACAGUGCUGGCUGUGGCAACCAGAGCUCCCAGUUUGCAACGCUGGACUAUGAUGGCAGCACAAUUCCUCCCAUUAAAUCUCCCCUGGAAAAGAACGACGAUGUCAAAAAGCUGUUCUCCAUUGGUUGUCCAGUGAUCCUGGUCACGCUCGGCAUUGCACUGCUCUUCAUCAUUCGCAAGAAGCGCAAAGAGAAGAGGCUGAAGAGAUUAAGAGAUGCCAAAAGCCUGGCAGAGAUGCUUAUCAGUAAAAACAACCGGAGCUUUGACACACCGGUUAAAGGACCUCCUCAGGGCCCACGGCUACACAUCGACAUCCCGAGAGUGCAGUUACUAAUUGAGGAUAAAGAAGGCAUCAAGCAAAUUGGUGAUGACAAAGCUACUAUCCCUGUGACAGACACAGAGUUCAACCAAACUGGGAACCCUCAGAGCUUCUGCACUGGUGUGUCUGUCCAUCACCCUGCCCUCAUCCAAAACACCGGUCCAUUAAUAGACAUGUCUGACAUCAGACCAGGAACCAACCCAGUGUCAAGAAAGAGUGUUAAAUCAGCCCACAGUAUCAGGAACCGCUACUCCAGUCAGUGGACUCUGACCAAGUGUCAGUCUUCUACGCCGGCCCGCACUCUCACUUCAGACUGGCGCACAGUUGGCUCCCAGCAUGGCAUCACAGUCACAGAGAGUGACAGCUACAGUGCCAGCCUCUCACAGGACACAGAUAAAGGACGAAACAGCAUGGUGUCUACAGAGAGUGCCUCCUCAACCUACGAGGAGUUGGCAAGAGCAUAUGAGCAUGCCAAGCUGGAGGAGCACCUUCAACAUGCCAAAUUUGAGAUUACAGAGUGCUUUAUCUCUGACAGCUCAUCUGAUCAGAUGACCACAGGUACCAAUGACAAUGCAGAUAGCAUGACAUCUAUGAGCACACCAUCAGAGCCUGGUAUCUGCCGUUUCACUGCCUCUCCACCCAAACCCCAAGACUACGACCGUGGCAAGAAUGUAGCUGUGCCCAUUCCACAUCGCGCCAAGAGUGACUACUGCAACUUACCCCUCUACAUGAAGUCAGAUCCCUUUUUUCGAAAGCGGUCAGAACAUCAUGACCCUUGUCCAGUGGUUCCACCGCGUGAAGCCUCUAUUCGUGGCCUGGCCCAACGGGCUUACCACACCCAGGGUCGCCAUGUGACUAUGGACUCUGCAAAGCAGCAGGCCCUUACAAUGGGCCACUCUGGCCUGUCCAACCUCACUUCCUCUGGGGCUUCCUCUGGAGGAGCAACAGGAGGCGGUGGUGGAGGUAGCGGAAGUGGAGGGUUGUCUGCUAGCUCUAGUAGCUCCACACUUCCACAAAGGACUCUCACCAUGCCUGGCUCAUCUGCUGCAUCUGCUCAGAUUGCAGCUGCUUCUGCAGCUGCUACUGCCGCAGCUGCAGGGGCAUCAUCCUGCUCCGGUGGAGGUGGGUCAGCAGGGCCCACAGGAGGGACCCCUGGAGGUGCCUCCUCUUCUUCCUCCAAGAUGGGAGGAUCCAGAGACUCUCUUUUGGAGAGCAGCUCCUCGGGUUUAGGCAGACUGCAGAAGCAGAGGGAUGGAGGCUCCGGGGCUUACUCCAAGUCCUACACAUUGGUGUAGCCCACCAUCACCGGGGUCUGUCACUGUAACUCUUAAUAAAAUUCUGGUCAAGCCAGUGCUUGUCUGGAGCCUUUAUGGUUAACAUGGGGUGAGGAACUACACAUGCACAGCUUACCCAUUAGUGCCUGUGCUGCACCAGGCUACAGGGAGCUGGUUAGGUUCCCACUGACACUAUUGUUGGAAGGGGUCAGAGUUGGGUCUCCACAGCACAAGGGUUAGCCUUUCUUUUCUGCCUGAUUGCUUUCUUAUUUCUUUGUUAUUAUUCUGUCAUUAUGCUUUCUGAUUUCAUCACCCUGGAAGUCACUUACCAAAACAUAAAUAAUCUAUCUGUUCACUCCUUAUUUAAACUUUUCUGGCAAGGACACAGUAGUUAUACACAAAAUGCUUUCCACAUCCGCUGUCUUGUUUACUGAAUCAAGACAGUUGUAGAAUGAACCAGGUAUCUUGAGAUGUGUGCUUUUAGGUUUUAAAAUCUGUUAUUUUUCUGGUCUCCUAUGGAAAAUUAGCUCAUAUCAUAGCAUUGUGCCAUGGCGGGAUGCUUAUACUGUAUGCAUAAAACACCAGCUCUGGUGUUACAUUGGCUCUGUGAGGUUAGUCCAUCAUGGAUUCAUACAACAGAGACAGUGGAAGAACUGUUGUCUCAAUACUUAGUUUGGAGCCACGGGGUCUUUACUUAUACAUGCAAUUGAUGACACACCAUAGUGGUCAUUAGUAAAGCUUUUAUGAACAGACUCAAAGCAGAGUGGAUAAAAAUGUUAAGCAUCAUCAAAUGAAACAUGAUUUCAGAUCUUUUUUCAUCAGUUUUUGGUUUAUUUUUCAAUGACUGAAUUAUACUCUCAUGUGCACUAAGAAAAAGUUAGAAUGGAUACAAAUAACAGAAAACGUCAAAAGCCUGCGUGUGCGUGUGUGUGUGGGUGUAUAUGUGUAAAUAUAAAUGUAUACAUGUGGCAGGCACACACCAACAAUGGACCUUUUUAAAGUCAAUCUUUAUGCUGACUUCUUGGGCAGAUGUCUCUGUCGAAGCAGAACCCCUCCCCAUUGUUUAUUUUGUACUUGUUAAAGGGGAUAUGAAACAGUAAUGAUGUAGAUGAUGCUGAAAAUGUAACACUAUGAUUCUAAUUUGGUCCAGCAUUUUGAACUUUGUUUUGUUGACUGUGACUGACAACAUGGCAGAGGAAGUGCAAACUACUGACGAUGAAGAAGAAGGUUUAUGAGAAUGCAAUUCCAGAUGUUUAAAGAUAGGUUCCUCCUUUGUCUCUUUAAAUUCAGAGCAACAAAGGAAAAUACCCUUUUAUAGAUCAUCAUGGUGCAACAAUACCAUAAAUUCACUCAUUUUACCUGUUAUCUCUUUGCAUUCUUUCCCACCUUUCCUUGUAGCCACCCAAUUCCCCCGUCAUUUCCAUACAGUGUCACUGUGAUCUACAGCUAGCGUACAAGCUAGUCAAUGACAGACACAGACUGAGAGAAGAGGUCUAAUAUGCACAGACAGGCAGACAUGCUUUUUGACUUUCAGUGACAACUUGACUGGAGAAUCAAGUUGUAAACACAGCAAAUUUUUAGAGAUGUGUAAGAAAAAUUCAUAUUUAUAUGAUCAUGAAUUUAUGAAGACACUGAGAUUAUAGUCAGAAUGAUCAAGUGUUGAUGUGACUUGAAAAUGAGCAGCAGAUGCAGAAAUAAGUGGUCUUUAAAACUAAGAACUUUCUUCAAACCCCUCCACCUUUCAGAAGUUGAUUUUAGCUUUAUGCAUGGUACUGUAGCUGUUCCAUUUUUUUCAUUUUGUUAUCUUUGUUUGCUUUUAUGUUUGUUUUGUUUCUCAUUUCUUCUCCUGAAGCUUAAUCCCAUAACAAAGAUCGUUCCAAAAAAAGAGUUGCUCCAAAAGUUUUGCAAUGGUAAAACAUAACAUCAGGGCUCUCGCAAUAGAAAAAGGAAAAAGAUAUCAUAUAUGUUUCUUUUCAAAAGUAUGUACAUAUAUAUUUCUAUUCAAAUAUAUAGCAAAUAUAUGAAUAUUGAAAAAAGCAGAGAAGUAUAAAAGCCGCUCUAAUUGAAAAUAUAUAUAAAAGAUCACAAGACAAUCGCUCAGAGUGAAGAAUCACAAGAAGGAUGGAAGAAAAUGAAGAAGGGAAGUUUAAACGGGUAUUACAACCAUGGACAGAAGAUUUUGGAGAAAAAGGAGGUGGUGUGAAAGUAAGUUAGUGUUAAUGGUGAAAGUGAGGUUUGAGGAAUGAUACAUCGACCCCCUUGUGAUUUUGUGAAGGACAAGCACAGUGUGGGAUUGUGUUGCUGAUUAACUGUGGUCUAUGGCUCAGUGCAGAAAGUGUGGUGUUGCAAAAGAAAACAGUAAAACAAGGACAGCCUACAGUAAUUGAGCCUCUUGUGUUAUGUUGUAUUGUACCUUUCCAAAGGUUUAUUCAUAAACAAUGCCUUUACUAUAUUUAACACAGAAGACCAACAAGCAUUUCUGUUUCUUAUCUGUAUCUUUGCAAGUUCCCUCCAAAAAUCCAGGACUGCAAGCCGGUGAACAUGUCACAAAGUUAGAAUUAUAACUGCAGAUAACUGUGUUCUUGCUUAAUUUCAUAUUCAAAUUUGACAAGGGAGACUUGUAUUUUGCUUCCUAUGGUUAGUCAUGGAUGUGAUGCCUUUUAUUUUGGCCUUUAUGUUUCAAGUUAUGCAAAUACUUGUCCUGAGGAAAAAACAUGAGUUUGGGAAAUGGUUAGACCUGUUUUGACAAACGAAAACAGGAGCUACCUGACUCCACUUGUAUGGAUAUUAGCUGGAUUGAUGAAAUAAACUUUUAACCAACAUGCUUUUCCCAGAUGUUCACUGAAGUUGAUAACAUUGAUUUUCUGUCAGUUUGCUGGAAGUAAAUGUAAUUUUUAUGUUUAAAGAACACUCCACCAUGAUUUUUGUGUGAAUUAUUGACCAGAAACGUUUCCUGUUCCUGCUCCUCAAAAGAAGCAGUACAAUUUUGUAUGUUUUAAUUUUCUUCUUCAUUUUAACCAGAUUUGUGAAGCACUGCAAAAACACUUUGGUGAUUGAUGUGUUACGUUUAUUUUCACUUCUUAACCUAAGCUGACACAAUGCAUCAGCCUGAGAAAAACUAAAAGAAAACAAAUAAAAAAAAAACUUUGCAGCUGGUUGCCUUACUUUUUAAAAUCAUCUCAACUUUAUCUUUAAGAGCUAAGCUAGUUCAUUUCUUUUUAAUCAGAAGCUCAGUUUUAAAGGUCAUUUCAAUAACAUCGACAUUGAACAUUGAGUUAUUUUCCAUUCUCAGCCAUUCCUUUUGACCACUUUUUAAAUUUUAAUAAUUCAUUAUGUAAAAAUGAUCUUUGGAUUUGUCCUUAAAAUAUAAUAACAUACUUUCAAACUGACUUCUUCUGCAUGUGAAAGGCCAACUUCACAUUUUUCACAUCUGCCAACAAUUCAAACUUCCACAGCUUCCUCCUCUGUACCCUUUUUGCCCCAAUUUUCAACAUUGUUUCUACAUUAUAACAGAAGACUUGUGUACAUAAGGAAGUGUUUUGUAUAAAUGAGUACUAUUUUCAACAUCUUCACUAAAAACCAGGGCACAAUGUAAACAUUGAACUAAAGUUAAUGUAAUGAGAAACUAUAGAAAUAUAAUGAUAACUACUUUAUGCUGUUUUUGGACCAGUUAAAACAUGUGGACCAUGCAUAGUUACAGUAAUUAAUAAUUUUUUUUUCUUAUUUUACUGAGACUUUGGUUUCAUAGCCUGUUUUUUCUAUUUUGGUUUGUUUUUAAUUUAAAAUUGUUUUGUUAUCCCACUUUUUAGGGGAGGCUGCAGAGGCAUUGCAUGCUUUGAAAAUUUUGCUGGUUAUAAAAGAAAACGGGAAAGUGUGAAUUGAAUGAUUUAAAAAGGGGUUUAAUGAAAAAUGAACAUUUAAGAUAUCCUGAGGAUGUCCCUAAAACUUUGGAAAAGUGUUGCUUCAAUUUGCAGUUGCUUGUGUUUAAAUCUAAAUUUUUCUUUUCUAUGAAAACAAACAAAAAUGGGAGAAAAAAAAUCACACCUUGUGCAAUAAAGCUAUCUUUUUAUAAA